AUGAGGACUCUUUUCGUCGUCGCCGUUUUGGCGAUCGCUUUCGCCAAUGCCGCCGUUUUCAAGAUGGAGACCAAGAGCCACGGCUCUAUGAUCGCCAGAAUGAUCAAGCAAAACCUUCUCCAAGAGUACCUCGCUGAGAAGAAUUUGGCUCGCACCCAAAUCCUUGCCUCUGGAACUCAACCAUUCAUUGAUUAUUCUGAUGAUUUCUACCUCGGAAACAUCACCCUCGGAACUCCAGCUCAAACCUUCACCAUCGUUCCUGAUACUGGAUCCUCCAACCUCUGGGUUAUUGAUGCCGCCUGUAAGACCCAAGCUUGCAACGGAUACCCAGCAUCUGGAUUCACCAAGGACAAAUUCGACACCACCAAGUCCAGCACUUUCGUCAAGGAGGAUCGCAAAUUCUCUCUUCGUUACGGUUCCGGAUCUUGCAACGGUUACCUCGGAAAGGAUGUCCUCAGCUUCGCCGGUUUGACUUAUGCUACCCAAGAAUUCGGAGUUGCCACUCACCUCGCCACUGUCUUCGGAUACCAACCAGUUGACGGUAUUAUGGGACUCGGAUGGCCAGCUCUUGCUGCUGACAAGGUUGUCCCACCAAUGCAAAACUUGCUCAACCAAUUGGAUGCCCCAGUCUUCACCGCCUGGAUGGACAGAAAGAUCCACGGAUCCAACGGCGGAAACGGAGGAAUUCUCACCUACGGAGCUCUUGACACCACCAACUGUGACGCUACCUACACCUACGUCCCACUCUCCGCUGAGACCUACUGGCAAUUCCCAAUUGACGGAGUCACCAUCGGAUCUUACUCCGAGAAGAGAAAGGACCAAGUUAUCUCUGACACCGGUACCUCAUGGAUCGGAUGCCCAGAAAACGUCCUCGCCGGAAUCGUCAAGCAAACCGGAGCCAAGUACGACGCUGUCCAAGAACUCUACACCGUCUCUUGCUCCAAGCAAUCCUCCCUCCCAGACUUGGUCUUCACCAUCGGAGGAGCCAACUACAACGUUCCAUCUGUCGAGUACGUUCUUGACCUCGGACUCGGAAACGGAAACUGUGCCCUUACCUUCUUCGGAAUGAACACUGGAGGUUUCGGACCAUCCUUCAUCCUCGGAGACACCUGGAUCAGAACCUACUGCCAAGCUUACGACAUUGGACAGAAGCGCAUUGGAUUCUCCAAGGCCAAGCACACCAUGCAAUAA